GAAACCGUCGUUAAACGAGAACGAAACGUUUAGUGCGAAUUAAAAUUGUAAAUAUUACGAAUCAAAUUGAAUGUUUCAAAUUAGAAAAGUGUGUAACUAAAAGCUUUGUAGCUCUCCGCUCAAGGAGCUGCUACCAGAGGGUGUGUAUGUCCGUCUGUGGGACUCUACAGGCAUAUCGGCGGAUCGCUGCUUGUGACAGCUGCUGUCAACGCGUCUCUGUCGGCGUCGCUGUUCACGUUUAGUAGUUGCGCUAUUCGCUGCCUCGCAAUCAACUUUUUAGACGCUGAGUUUGAAAUGUCAACUGUGGAAAAAUAAAGGAAAAAGUAGUUAAUCAUCAAAACCUGGAUUAAUUUACAUACAUUUUUAAAUUGAAAUUCUGUGUUUUUAAUGGACGAGUUUGGAAACUUUAAUCUGGAUAAAGAACACAAUAAUUUCACAAGGGAGAGCAACGUACAAACUACAAAACUCGCACCAACAACAACUAAUCAAGGAACAAUAGCCACAACGCAGCUAGAUCGCUGCGAGGGUGAUGCGAUUCAUCCGCGUUUACUAAAUAAACAUCAGACGGAAGCGGUGAAGUGUAUGAGCUGUGGUCAAGUAUUUAAAUCCACUUCAUUAGACGAAAUUAUUUAUCAUUACGAAAACGUAGCACAUAAAGCAUCCUUUGCGAACUGUCAAUACUGCGGCGGAAAAGUUCACAAAUACCAGUAUUUUAACAAUAUUCAUAACUAUCACAGUUGCUCUCGUUGUAAAAGUGGUAGGGAAAACUAAUAUAGAAUAGCAGAAUGAAUCGAAAAAUUGAUAUGGACAAUAUCGAUACGUAUGUUAUUGCGGAGCGGUUAGAAAGCGGAAGUGGAGAUUCGGGUGAAUCAGAGUGCUCGGACAAUGGAGGCGGUGUCGAUGAUGAUUCCAGUAGCUUGAGCUCGCGUACGGCUGGUGGCAAUGGCUAUGGUAAGCGAUGGUCCAGAGCUGAAGAUAAUUUACUUAAGGGGCUUGUUGGGCAAUAUGGAGAUCAGUGGGAACUGAUAGCGCCGCAAUUUAAAGACCGCACUGAGCAGCAGGUUCAACAGCGAUGGGCUAAAGUGUUGAAUCCUGAAUUGAUCAAAGGCCCUUGGACAAGAGAGGAAGAUGAGAAAGUCACUGAACUUGUGCGGCGAUUUGGACCAAAAAAAUGGACACUAAUAUCACGAUACUUAAACGGCCGCAUUGGCAAGCAAUGUCGUGAGCGAUGGCAUAAUCAUCUCAAUCCCAAUAUAAAAAAGACGGCUUGGACCGAAGAAGAGGACAGAAUAAUUUUCAAUGCCCACAUGGAAUGGGGUAAUCAGUGGGCGAAAAUAGCAAAGCUUCUGCCUGGCCGCACAGAUAAUGCCAUAAAAAAUCACUGGAACUCUACUAUGAGACGAAAAUAUGAUCCCCAUCGAUUGAGGGUAUUAGCACGUCAGUGUCCUGAUUUGCAGGAUUCGCGCUCUAAUCUAAAAGCGCUUAUCAAAGCGAGUAUUAAUGGUGCAGGUCAACCGCAAAUGCCGGCGCCAGCACAAGCACCGGCUCCAGCGCUAUCUUUGUCUGCGCAAAUUUUACAGCGCCCUCAAGCGCAGCGACAACAAAACGAACACGCUCAAGAGCAACCUAGCACAUCUGUCGGGGCUACGAUGCAACGCUCUGCACAACAAGUAACUAAACCACCUCCUACACGCCCACCACCAAAUAUUUUGAAGCGUGCUCGUCCACAAUACGAUGCACAAUUGCAGCAGCAACAAUAUUUGGAUAUGGCUGCAUGUAAUACAAAUGCAUUAACUGUUGGUAUGGACAACGUGGGUGUGUCAAGCGGUAAUUGGGUAAAACAGGAAACAAAAUUGCCUGAAUCGCCUGUAAUGACUCCUAUAAAGCCAUUACCAUUUUCACCAUCACAAUUCCUCAAUUCGCCAUGUUUACCCUCAUUCGAGGACAUCAGUUUGUGUGCCAGCACACCAGUACAUAAAGCCUCUGGACGAGAGGGAGUAGAAGUCAAAAAGGAAUUAGAAAGCUCUUCAAUCGAAACGCCUCACAAAAGUAUUUUGGGCCCACGCACGCCGACACCGUUCAAGGAUGCUCUCGCCGCUUUGGGUAAAAAGCGUCGAUACAUUCCACCAAGUCCAUCCUCCUUGGUUGAAGACUUGGCCGAAAUCAUACACGAAGAACAGGUGAAUGAUUCUAAUAAUAUGGCUAUUAAGAAAGAAAAUAUGUCGUCGGAUGCAGACUUGACCAGCGAUACAUCCAGAGCUACCACUGCCGGCUCAGCAUCCCAACCUACAAAGAAGGCACGAAAAUCGCUUAUCACCAGCUGGGGUGAAAAUGUUAUGCCUAGUGUUGGUAUUAAGCAAGAAAAGAAAUCGUUGCCUUUUGAGACCGAGACUCCGAGCAAAUUUCUUACUUCGACCGAGUCUAUUGCAUUCUCUCCCACAACGAUUAUUAUGAAGGAUACACUAUGCAGUGAGGCUGAUCUAUUACUAAAUACUAAUGAUGAGGCCAAAAAAGAAAAUAGUCCACAACAACGACAGCAACAGCAAGGACAAAAUGCACCGUCUUUAUUGCCGCCACGCGAACGAAGUGGUCACCAAUACUUGGAUCCGAAAUGGGAGAGACUUGCAUGUGGUCAGACCAAGGAUCAACAAUUUAUGGUGCAACAAGCCCACGCAUGCCUCAAGAAUCUCUCUCUAAUGCCGCGGUCACUAAAUUUUGAAAAGCAAAAAUGACGUGAGCAUAUAGAAAAACCCCUAUGAGACAUUCUUUAACAAUAAUUGUUGAUUAAAUACUGCACAUAUACACAAACUAUAUACAUAUAUAUUGGAUUAUUG